AUGUUGGCACGGGCUUUCCUUCGAAAUGGCCUCGGCCUUUUGGUUCCCUUGGCUAUCGCCUGCUCCGUCUACUUGUACCUGUACCCCUUUUUCAGCAGAUGCGCCUUUCCCCUGCCGUCCCGAGACCCUGACGCUGCAUUCGAGGAGACCAAGAAGCUGCACUGGCCAUUUGAAGAAGCAAAAGUGAAUACGCAGGCAAAUGUGACGCCCACCAGGCAGGCGCCAUUUCGACUCCUGGCCUUGGGCGAUCCCCAGCUUGAGGGCGACACAUCAAUCCCGAUCGAGUACCUGGGCAUCUUCCCCCAUGUCAAGACCAUUUUCCAACGACUCACUUUUCACAUAUGGCACGAGUCGCUAAGGGAUCGCGUUCGCUUAAUACUACAUGACGUCAUCGACAUUUUCUUCGAGGACAUCCCCUUCAUUUUCGAGUCGUGGCGCAAACGCUUCGACCUGUUUGGCAACGACUUCUACUUGGCGCACAUCUACCGAACCCUGCACUGGUGGACGCAGCCUACUCAUGUCGGUGUACUGGGGGACCUCCUGGGCAGCCAGUGGAUCGAAGACGACGAAUUUGAGCGCAGAGGCAGGCGGUUUUGGAACCGAACUUUUCGAGGCGGUGAGCGCGUACCUGAUGAUGUAGCCAUGUGGCCGACUAUGCAGCACAACCUGUCCGGCAUAUUGGGUGCCUCUGCAGAGGGAGAGGUAUGGAAGAGAAGGAUAAUGAAUGUGGCCGGAAACCACGACAUCGGCUACGCCGGUGACUUGACCCCGGAGCGCAUGCAGCGGUUUGAGCGAGUAUUUGGCAAGGCCAACUACGAGCUGCGGUUCAGGCUGCCUGUCAGCGACCCAGAAACGAAUGCCACAAUUCGGGAUCCGGAGACAAACCCCGACUCGGCGCGGCUACCCCCGGAGCUGCGUAUCAUUGUGCUGAACGACAUGAACUUGGACACACCGGCGAAAGACCAAGGACUGCAGGACACAACAUACAACUUUGUCAACGCAGUCAUCGGCACGGCAUGUGCCGUCGAACACAAGGGCCAGUUCACCUUGAUUUUGACCCAUAUUCCCCUCUACAAGUCUGCCGGUGUCUGUGUCGACUCACCAUUUUUCGAUUUCCAUGGGGCUCACGACGGAGGAGGCGUCAAGGAGCAGUACUUGCUCAGUUCGGACGCCAGCAAAGGAUUUCUCGAGGGCAUCUUCGGCAUCAGUCGCGACCCCAAGGCUGCCGGCCAAGGCAUGGGCCGCCCUGGGCUUGUCCUCAGCGGACACGACCACGAGGGCUGUGACACGUACCACUUUGUCAACCAAACAAACGGCACCACUCCCGACGAAAGAUCCUGGGAAUCACGCAAGUGGCAGGAUGCAAUGGCGUCAAACAUUCAGACAUUGCCACAACAUCCCGGCCGGCGAGAGAUUACCGUCCGCAGCAUGAUGGGCGACUUUGGUGGCAAUGCCGGCCUUCUUAGCAUAUGGUUCAACCAGCAAACCUGGGAAUGGGAACACGCAUACGUUGACUGUCCCCUUGGGCGGCAGCACUUCUGGUGGAUGACGCAUUUCAUAGUAUUUGGCGUUUUAUUUUUCGGACUCUCUUACGUGGUGGUGGCAAUUUUGGAGUCCAUGGGCGUUGAUGUGGAUGCUCAUCUUCAUCAAGCCUCUGUCUGGACACGGCAUCAGUUGGAAGAAUGGGAGAAGAAGAGACGGGCUCACAAGACCGGGGUUGUGCCGAACGGAAAUUCAAGGGGAUAUGCCAUGGUUGUUGGAUGCGGGCAGGCAUUUUGA